AUGGAUGGAAAAGAUGUAGAGCCAGAUGUGGUCACCUACAGUGUGAUAAUUGAUGGAUAUUGCUUGCGCGGUCAAAUGGAUAGAGCAAGGAGCCUUUUUGAUUCCAUGAUUGAUAAGAGCAUUAAGCCUAACAUUUUUAGCUAUAGCAUAUUAAUAAAUGGAUACUGUAAGAAAAAGAAAUUGGAUGAGUCCAUGCAUUUGUUUUAUGAAAUUUCUCGAAAUGGAUUGAACCCUAGAAAUGUUAAAUAUAGUACUAUCUUGAAAGGUCUAUUUGAUGCUGGAAGAACCGACUUUGCCGAAAAAUUCUUUGCUGAAAUGCUAUCUACGGGGCUCAAACCUGAUUUAUGCACUAAUUGCAUUUUGCUCGGCGGUUAUUUUCACAAUGGGCUUGUUAAAAAAGCAAUGUUGCUAUUUUAUGAGUUGGAAAUAAAGAGAGAAGACACAUAUAUUCAACUUUAUAAUGUUGUGCAAGGAUUUCUGAAGUUUAGCAAAAUUAGUGAAAUGAUAACUUUUUUGAAGGAAAUGACUGGAAAUGACUUCUCAUUUGAUGCAAGUACUGUAGAGUUACUAAUAGACGUUAUAGCGAAGGAUCCUUCUUUGCUUAACAUGAUACCACAGUUUCCGUUGGGAAAUAAGAAGUGA